GACAAUUUUCGAAAAACUAAAAUGUCCUCUCUGAUUAAAUUGAUGGCAUGGCCGGAUGGUGCUGGGAAACAAAGGUCCUGUCCACUACUGCAGCAUAUUAAUCGAAAUGGAAAACAACCUGUGAAUGUCAGCUUCUCGAGUCCAUUCACACCAACAACAUUUAUGGACGUCGCUUGCGGUCAUUUUGAGAGUCUUUUGUUCUGGUGGUCGGGAAAAAAGUGAAAGGCGAUCAACAUGGGUUUUUUUCGUUCGUUUAGAGCAAUAUUGGAACGAAGCCAAGGUAAGAUCACUUUUUCUUUUUUAAAAAGUCCAAUUCAAAAUCCCCGUGAAGUUUUUUUUGUAAACGAACGACGAGUUCGUCUGUUAUUUUUGACAAGAGUUGUUCAGACAGUUGGGAAGAAUAGUUUAUUAGAUUAUGAUUUUCAUUCGCUGGUGAAACAAAGACAAUAGCUGUACAUGUAAAUUGUGUGAAGGGGUGGAGACUGUGAGUAUGUGAAAAAGAUCCAUCUGUUGGGGUUUGUAACAUGGAGAUAAAUUCUAAAAAUAGUCGUUGGCAAAUGGCGGCCAGAGCAGCUCGGCUAAAAUAGACGGGAAGGAGAGAGCCUAGACCGCCGUUAUAGGGAAAAAAAGGCGAACGUUACCGGCCAUCUCAGUUGGGCAGAGCAAGUGGGCCCGUGAUCUUCUUUUCAGGCGAGACGCGACCAGUAGAGUAUUCACCGUAUCGUUGUGAAAAAUCUUUGGUAUCGACACCGCCUUCAUACAAAACCCCCAAACAUCCACCUCCUCCACCUACUUCCUCCUCCCCACUCUCGUUAUUCUUUUUCUUUAAAUGAUACAAAAUACUAUAGAAUUGCAUUACAGCCCCGUUGGCCUGACAAAGGCGUGUCCGCUCGAGUUUUGACGGAUCGUUAAAACAAUUUGGAAUCCGCUCGUCCAACUCCCGUCACAAGGGCCAAUUAUUGUCGUGGUUUCAAUCUCCCUCUUGAAAUAGGUAAGAAUUUCGUGUUUAUAAUGAUCCUAUUAUUUCUUGCAUCAAAAGGGCUCGAAUCUUGUUUCGUCAAAGUAUUUCUAAAAAAUUGAUAUGCAAAUUUUUCCAACCCCAACGUAAUAAAGAACACAGCGAACAAAAAGAAGGGGGAAAAUGGAUAAAACAAAUUGGGGGCAACUUACUCAACUCGGAGACGGGCUCCGGAUGAUGGAAGAACGGAGGGACAGUGCAAUUCCACCCAGUUCCCUUAUCUCCAUGGUAGGUGAUGAACCUCCACCGCAACACACUAAAGAUUGAAUUACAAAUAGUAUUGAUCCUGCCGACAAAUCCCCAUCUACCCCACCUGACACCUCCUCAUCUCUGUUAUAGUCAGUCAAUAUUGGGUCCCCCCCCCCCCCCAUAAGUUGUGGUAUUUGGCUACCGUACCGAGAGCGAUCCUUGGUUGUUGUGAUGGAAGCAUUGUCGUGAUGCGGCUAAGUUUAGACGCCAGCUGCUGGGGCGAUCCAGCCGUAGCGGUAGAGUACGGAAGUGUACAGUAGUGCCUGUUGAGUACAGUUUUCCACUUUCUUUCCUCCUCGGCAGAACCAAGUACGUGUGUUUCAGUGGUUACCAAGACGGACGCUUGUCGCUAUUGUUAUUAUUUAAACGAUGGAUCUCUCGACCGACGUAAGUACUACACAAAUCGCCUUAAAGACAGCAACAACUUUCUGAGACAACCAACAAAAAUGUGGUUCAAUACAUCCAUCAGGUCUGGGGUCAGUUGGCGACGUUCAGAGGCACGCUUGAAGAACAGCACAACGCCAGAUCCAAAACGGUUUUUCCAUUUUGACAUUUUUUCGUUUUUAUUAGCAUGAUCCUUAUCCUGUAGCACGUGGAUGAAGCCCCUAUCCGUUCAUCUUUUCCUCAUUCCUCAUUUACUUAUUAUCAUUUAUAAGUAUUCUUGUGUAAUGUACUAUCUGUCGUAACUUAUUCUUUAAGUUCUUAAACUUCAAACCUCAAAAUUUGUCAGUUGGAUACAUUUUCUGACAAAAGUUAAAUACCGAAAUCGGGAGUGGAUUAACCGACUAGAAAUCGCUUUCUGGUUUGAUUGUCUAAUUCAAUUUCUUUUUUGUGGUGCGUAGACAAUUGACAAGUUGCCGGACAAGGUCGUGCUCCAGAUUUUUUCGUAUUUGAGCCACCGAGAGAUUUGCCGUUUGGCUCGAACUUGUCGAAAAUGGCGAAUGAUCGCGUACGAUUCGAGAUUGUGGAAAUGUGUCUCUCUCCGACCUGAAAUGUCUGGCCUUCAUGUGAGCAGUCUUGAAGCUUUAUUAGCUUUAAUCAGCAUUCGUUUUGGUCCGUCCUUGCGCUACAUCGAACUACCCAUCGAAUUGAUAACACAUACGGUUUUGUAUGAACUUGGAAGCAAAUGCCCCAAUCUCACCCACAUGUUGUUGGACUUCAGCACAGCCAUGCAGUUGCAUGACUUUAACGAGCUACAGGGUUUCCCGACUAAGCUGCGCUACAUGUGUAUCUGCUUGAGUGAAGUCAUCUUCAUGGAGGGCUUCAUGCGAAAGAUUUAUUCGUUCAUCAAUGGACUAGAAGUUCUUCACCUAAUCGGCACAUACGAGAAGAUAAGCGAAGAGGAAGAAGAAAUUUAUGAAGUUAUCAAUAUCCAUAAAAUGAAAUCUGCCACUCCCAAUUUACGAAUUGUCAAUCUCUACGGCAUCAACUUUGUAGACGACAGUCACGUGGAAGCUUUCAGCUCCAACUGCAUUCAGCUCGAGUGCCUGGCCGUAAACUACUGCGCCAAAGUGACCGGAUCUUCACUGCGAAUCCUGUUUCAACGGUGCCGUAAGAUGCGAUGUCUUCUGGCCCAGCAAACAGGAUUGUUGAGCGAGCAUGUGCAAGCCGUCGAAUGGGAGAAGACCCAGCUGCAAGAGUUGGAUAUUACUGGCACCGAUCUGACGUCAGAUUGCUUGACUGACCUGUUGACUCGCGUGCCCGCCCUCCGUUGGCUUAGCGCCGGACAGCAGGACGGCUUCAACGAUAGCGUGUUGCGCGCAUUUGCCGAUAAAGGAAAUGCUCGCAGUUUGAUGGCAUUGGAUCUGGAUCGUUGCGAAUCCCUGAGUGAGGAUGGCCUCUACAAAUUCCUUUUGAGAUUCGGCCCGCAAUUGCGAGGAUUGGUGCUCUCUGGAAUCCCUCACGUCACUGACCAACUGUGGACCGGUACCUUGCCAUCCCUCCGUCAAGUCAAGAUUCUCGUCAUGGGCAUGUCUGAAGGAUGUUGCCCGAAAAUCAGUCAAAAGGUUUUAGUUGAUCAACUGGUAGAUUGCAUAGCUCAAAACUGUUCUCAGCUGGAGCGACUUGAACUUCGGUGGGAUCCUGAAACUCUCCGUUAUUCGGAUAAAAGUCAAAAGGCUAUCGACACGUUGCGUGUUCGUUGCCUGCGUCUCAAGUGUCUCGUGCUAAGUGACGGAAAGUAUUAUGAAACAGUCAAGGCAAAUUUCGAGCGAGCGGAUCGUACUACUGUUGUCCGGACUACAACUAAUUGCCGUGUCUCCAACUGCUACUUGUUGUCGUGCUAUCAAGACUUACUCUUCAACUAAAACAAACCCCCAAAUCAGCUGACACAAACACGCAGAUUACGUUUUGGUUUUUGUGUAUUAUUAUUAAUCAUUGUUGUGAGGGAUGUCAGGACAUCCUAAAAAAAGGAGAAAAGAAAAACUCAAUCUGAAAGAAUUAAAAAAAAAUUACUUGCUUCGUCUUUUUCAUCAAAAUGUACCCUUAAUUAAGGUCAAGGAUGGAAAAUAUUGAAAACACAAUCACUUGGCUAAAUAGAAGCUACAGUUAAACACA